AUGGAACCCUACCGGAGCCUCGCCCUGCUGGCUGGCUGCCUGGGGCUGGCAUGCACAGUGAUCGCUCUGAGCACCGAUUACUGGUUCGUGGCCGUAGGGCCAACCUCCUCGGCUCACUCAGGGCUGUGGCCCAAAGACCCGCAGGACCCAGUGGCAGGCUACAUCCAUGUGACGCAGACCUUCAGUGUCCUGGCUACCGUGUGGGUCCUGGUGGCGGUGGGCUUCCUGGCCCUGUCCUAUGUCCCCUCGCUGUCCGCCCUGGGCCGUGGCCACCUCAUCCCCACCAUCUCAGCCUUUGCUGCAGCGCUCUCCAUGGUCGUGGCCAUGGCCGUGUACACCAGCGAGCGGUGGGGCCAGCCUCCACACCCCGAGACCCAGACCUUCUUCUCCUGGUCCUUCUACCUGGGCUGGGUAUCAGCCAUCCUCUUGCUGUGGGCAGGUGCCCUGAGCCUGAGCUCUCUCUGCGGAGUGCGCCGGUCUGGCUAUGAAGCCGUGUGA